CGAGGUGUGUUUACGUCCAGGGUUUAUCGGUUUUAAUCGAAGACAGUUUUCAUGCGUUUUUGCUAAUAUGUAUCGCAGAUGUUUGUUUGAUAUCUGAUUGUAUAUUUAAUGUAUUCGUUUUUUUUUAAAUAUUCUCGGCUCUUGUCGCGGGGAAAAUGGAAGUGCUUGUGGGGGUAUUAGUUCAACAUGUGUUUAUAUGAUCUUUUUUAUUUCAGGUCGUGGUGGCUCCGCGGGAGCCAAAUUUCGUAUAUCGCUUGGCUUGCCUGUUGGAGCAGUGAUAAAUUGUGCUGACAACACAGGGGCGAAGAACUUGUAUGUUAUUGCUGUGCAAGGUGUUAAAGGUCGUCUGAACAGGCUGCCUGCUGCUGGCUCAGGUGAUAUGAUUGUGGCAACAGUAAAGAAGGGAAAGCCUGAGUUAAGAAAGAAGGUUAUGCCUGCAGUUGUAAUACGGCAGAGGAAGCCAUUUAGAAGGAAGGAUGGGGUAUUCAUAUACUUUGAAGAUAAUGCUGGUGUAAUAGUAAAUAACAAAGGAGAAAUGAAAGGGAGUGCUAUUACUGGACCGGUGGCAAAGGAGUGUGCUGAUCUGUGGCCAAGGAUAGCAUCUAAUGCCAGCAGCAUUGCCUAACAGCCCAUUCAUGUAUUCAAAGUAUAUUAAAAGAGUUGUAACUCGUUA